CUAGAGCACUUCCAGCGCAAGUUUGCAGCAACAGCAGUUCCGUUUGGUGUGAGCAGUCUAGACGAAAACGGUGUGCGAACCAAGGCUCGGAGUGCAGCGAAGUUUUUCAUGCCACUGAAGCCAGACAAGUUUGCGAUUCGAUUCUACGCUGUAGUGGGCUGGGGCUCUCUGUAUGUACACAGCCUAUGGGACAAUGGAUCAGGAAAUAAGCUGCCGACAACGCCCGCGCAGCGGUACACUCGACUUUUCCCAAGAAUGCGAACUCCGGUGGACAAUACGCUGCGUCGGGCGGAUGUUCGGAUUAAGUCGGAUGCUACCGGUGCACUGUGGAUGGCUAUGAUAGCCCAUCAAACAAAACUCUUUCCAGCUCCAUCGCAGAGGCGCUUGCUUGUGUGCGACAAUUUUUAUACACGGCAUGAUCUUGCCAAUGCCGUUCUUGCGUUGACGAAUGGAGAAGUCCGCAUGCUUGGGACAAUCCGGCGAGACUGGGUUGGUCGCUUAAACAAAGCGGCCGUUAGACUAUCGAUGAGCCUACUCACUUGGGCUUUGGAUAUGUCAAUCAUCAACGCCUUUGCGCUGAUGAAGCAGGUUGCCCCAGAGUCGCAGACACGCCCAAAACCCUUCGUGAGUUCAAGCGGAGGGUAUGUGAAUCUCUCACUGAACCAUACCGCCGUUCGCGAGAACGGAAACGCGCUUCAUCAAAACGGCCAAGAUGCCUUUCGCCUUCCAACAUGGUGGUCGAAGAUACGGCACUUCAUUCUUUGA